AUGAACAUUGGUCCUGGAGGCAAGCAGAAACCUCUUAGCGACACCAUCAUUCCAUUAUCAAACCCACCACCAAAGCCUGGCUGUCUUGAUACACACAGAGUGCCUCAGUCACUUGUUUACCCUUCAUCACAUCCUAACAAAACAUUUGCUGGCAAACUGAAGGGUAUGAGAGCAGUGUUGGAGGAGAGUGUGUCAGUCUGGGAUGAGUAUAUUGAGAGGCUCCAGAGGCAAAGCGUUGUUGGCAAGUCAGCAGAGGCUAUGGGACAAGAAGACACUCUCAUGAACCAUGACUUGGCUGAGGCCAAAGUGAUCUCUGAUGAUGAUGCACCUGUCACUGUCACUGUGCAAGCAAAGUGCACUAUCAUUCCAUCAUCUCACCUUACUGCCUCUAACAACAGCGCAACACCAGAACUUAGCAGCCAUAAAAAUAUGCAACAGACUCUCCAGCCUAACUGGACUCCUUCGUUGACGGAAGACUUAGUGGAGUUGUCCAGUGAAGGAGACGAAGCCAUGGGCCACAAAGGAAAACACCUUCAUUGGGCUCACGAUCCGUCAUUUUUUACGGCUGAUGCCCAUUCUUCUGCAUGUCUCAUUGAUGACACAGAAGAGACUUCAAGUACUCGCAAUGCGACACCUGCAGCCAUGGACAAUUUUUUGUCCAACAUCGACGUACAGGACACAUUGAUGACACCUGUACUUCGAUGUGAGGAGAGGAGCUGUGAUGUCAGUGCGUUUUUUGGCAAACCCUAUGUGCACAAGGCCAAGGAUGGGAAAACUCGUUCAGUCCAAGACUGUGAGUCAUGCAAAAAGAAAGGGUACCCAUGUCAGAUUGUUAGUGACACACCAACAUGUCAAUGCCAUAUUGCCUUUCAGCAUUCAAAUAAUUACCAUCAAUGGUGCAAGACUAAUAAUUUCGAGUCAAUGUUGCCUCAAGAUAUCAAGGAAUGCAAAACAGCAGUAGCUAUUAGCCAGGUUGUGUCUGGCACUGUCAACCUGAUGUGUGAUGCAUGGCAGGCCAGUAAUGCCAAUGGCUAUUUUGCCACUACUGACCACUGGAUCGAGGAAACAUCACCUGGUGUCUGGCAGCUCGAAUGUGCUGUCCUUGGAUUCACGCAACUGAAUAACUCCCACAAUGGACAAUGUCUUGGGCAGGCUUUGUUCAAGAUUGUGGAUUGA